AUGGGCCUGCACGAGAAAUUUCCAGCAUAUGGGGGUCGUGGCCCUGGCGAUCUCCGCCUGGGACUGGCAUUGGGAUCAGUGGCCACCUUGUUCAUGAUCUUACGAGUCUACGUGCGACUGAGAGUCAACAAAUUCGGCACCACGGCAUUGAUUCUGUCCCUUGUCGCUUGGCUUCUCACUACUAUCACGCAGACCUUUGGUGUCAUUUCUAUUCUCCAUGGACUCGGAAAUCAUAUUGAAGUCUUGGUGGAGACUGGCGCGCUGGGAAAUUACCUCCUUUACACGUGGAUCACGGUCUUCUUCUUCAACAUGGCCAUUCCAACGGGAAAGAUCGCUGUGGCAGCGUUCCUGAUUGAGAUGAAUGCGCAAGGCAACCUCAAGAUCCGCCGUAGUCUGAUCGCCGUUGCCGUGCUUAAUAUCGUCCUCAAUAUCCCACAAAUCGUGCUCGCCUGGUUCCAAUGCACCCCUCCCAAUGCGCUUUGGGAUCCAUUGCGUCAAAGCCAGUGUGAUCACCGUAUGAGUGUACACUAUACAUACUUCGCAGGAGCUGUCGCGGCCCUUUCCGAUUUCUAUUUGGCCAUUAUCCCGAUCACGAUGUUGGCCCCACUCAAGAUCGAUCGAAAAUUGAAAUGGGGCUUGAGUUUCCUCAUGGGCUGUGGUAUUUUUGCCGGUGCGGCAGCCAUCGUGCGAACAUGGGCAGCCAGCUUUAUUCUGAGCGACGAUCCGUCAUACGGUGUCGGGAUUCUGUUCCGUUGGGGUGAGGUUGAGGAAUGGGUCGUUCUCAUUUCCAUGUCGAUUCCACCUGUCUGGCCGCUGUUCCGACCCUUCACCCGUCGGUUCAUCAAGUCUCAUGGACAGUCUCGCAGUAUACCUGCAUACAAGGGCUACAAUCAGUAUACUUCGUCCAGAGGAGAUCUCACCUCCGGGGCUGCUGGUCCUGUCAUUACCACCACUAUAUCUAUCUCGUCGACUAAGGGGGCGUCCGCUUCAGCUGAACCAAUUCGUGCAGGAUCUUCAGCGGGCUCUUUCUCUAGAUAUGAUGAGGAAGAGGCUGAGAUCCCUCUUACGGUUCUGAGUAGGCCGAGCAACCCGGAGGGUUGGGUGGAGGUGUCUCGCUACAAGAAUCAUCCUCAGUGA